UCGCAAUUCAUUAGACAAACUACACGUGUUUCAUUUUGUUUACAUCUCUUACUUUCUAACAGUGUUUCAAAAUACUCUCGAAAGUAUAGUUAUAUUGUAAAGAAAUCAAAUACGUGUAUAUAUAUAAAUGUGAUUUAUUAAUUAAUAAAGAAAAAUGUCGCUGUUGACUUCUCUUCGAUGUAGACAUAAUCUUUUAUGUCGAUCUUUACGAAGAUUUUGUCAAACGUCAAUUAAAUUUAAGUCGACUGAACAGAGAGUUUUUUCUGGUAUACAACCAUCAGGAGUUCCACACAUAGGUAAUUAUUUUGGUGCAAUUAAGAAGUGGAUAGAACUUCAAGAUAAUGGAUAUGAUUGUGUGUUUAGUAUUGUAGAUCUCCAUGCUAUGACUACAGAUUACAAUGCAGAAAUUUUAAGAGAAAAUAUAUUUACAAUGACAGCAUGUCUUCUUGCUUGUGGAAUAGAUCCAGAAAAAUGUAUUUUAUUUUUACAGUCUGAAGUUCCUCAGCAUACCCAACUAGCAUGGAUUCUUGGCUGUCUAACAACUUUGCCCAGACUAUCUCGAUUACCUCAAUACAAAGAGAAAACUGAAAAGCUUAAAGAUAUACCUUUAGGCCUAUUUAUAUAUCCUGUUCUUCAAGCUGCUGACAUAUUGUUGUAUAAAUCAAAUGUUGUUCCAAUUGGAGAAGAUCAAAUUCAUCAUAUUCAGUUGGCCCACCAUCUUGCUCAUCUAUUCAACAAUAAAUUCCAAAAUAUAUUUCCCUAUCCUAAACCUUUUUAUGAUGUAAAAGUAGCUAGAAUAAAAAGCCUCAAAUUUCCUGAUAAAAAAAUGAGUAAAUCUGAAAUAAAUCCAAUUGGCAGAAUUGAUCUUACAGAUUCACCAGAACUUAUUACAAAAAAAAUUAAAAGAGCUGUAACAGAUUUCACUUCGGAAGUUACUUUUGAUCCAAAAAUUCGUCCUGGAGUCAGCAAUCUUAUAACCAUUCAUAGUUUAUUUACUGGAUUGACUGUUGAAGAAAUAUGUGCACGUAAUGAAGGAAUAGAGACGGCUCAAUAUAAACUUAUACUUGCUGAAAAUAUUAUAGAAGUUCUCAAACCAAUACAGAAAAAAAUUCAAGAAUUUAUGACGGAUAAGUCAUAUUUAUGUGAAGUUUUAAAUAAGGGUACAGAAAUGGCAAAAUCAUUAGCUAUGCAAACAAUAGAAGAGGUUUCUCAAAUAGUAAGUCUCAAUACAAAUUAUAUAUUAAAUAAAAAUAAUCAGAACUUUAUAAAUGUAGUAAAAGAAAAAUAAAAGAAAUAUUUUGUACAUUAUUUACAUUGGUGAAAUUUUAUUGACAUUACUUAUCAAGCUGUAUUUAUUUAAAUAAAAUAUUUUUAUAAUAGAUAAAUCAAAUGAAAAUACAAUAAUUUUUUUAGUUAAAGGCAUGGACUCUAUUUAUAACAAACUGUAAACAUUUAAAUUUGUCAAAUGAAAUAUAAACACACAAAAAAUAUCAUUUAUCUCAAAAUAGAUAACUCAGUAUAAGUUUUAAUUGUACAAUAAAAUAAAAUCUCAAAAUUCAGAAAAUCUUAUGAGAUCUUUCUUUACUUUUAACAAUUAGUAUAAAUAUUUAUUAUUAGUACCAUGAAUUGUAAAAUAAAUUCGAGCACUGUUUUCCCCAGAAAUUACCAGCCAAAUGGAAUGGAGUAACCAGGUAGACAAAAAAAUUAAAGUAAUUAACUUCUAUCAUCCAUUACAAUUCAAUGUUAAUUUUAUACAUUCAAACAAUUAAGGCUUAAAAAAUGAAAUGACAAUGUCAUCCUGUCAAUUAUAUUUCUUAAUGUUAGCUAUAUAGCAACACAUUAAAUUAGCUAAAUAUUAUUUUAAUAUGUAUUAUAAAUAUACAACAAAAUCAUUAAGAUUAUAAUGGAUGAUUAUAAAAUAAUUGUAUGUUAAAAACGGACUAGUUUAACAGAGAAAUAAAUUUGAGGACAUACUGUAUGAAGCAAUUCUUAACCUCAUGAAUAAAACAUUUCUUUUGAAAUAUA